CAGUGAAGGUUAAAAUGGUGUUCUGCUGCAGCUUCAGCCAUGAGCAAGGUGGACUGGAGCCUUGUGACGGAAUCGGGUCGUGUAUAAAGGCGGCACCUGGCCACCGCUGGAUAGCUGGACGAGCGCGAGACAGACAGAGGAGCGAGGAAAAGUGAGCCGCCGCGCGCCCUACAGACCUGGGAACAAGAAGAAAAUGAUCAGAAACAUCUUCGUCUGCGCAGUAUCUCUGCUUCUACUACUUAACUUAGUGGGAGGCAAACCCAUUUCUGACCUACAGAGUUUGAAACAACUUUUAGAAGAGGAGAGUAACACCACGCCAUAUUUCUCAUCGGAGGAAAUGGAGGUGGAGGGGAAAGAUAAAAAGACAGACAAGUCGGUGUUCGGGGCUCCAGAGCAGCACACCUGGGACUCCACCGACCACAGCAACUCGGCGCUGGCGGCAAAAGAAAACGUCCUUGCGAGUCUCUUCAAAGACCUCAUGAGGACCUCGAAGCGCUCCUGGAGUCGGUACAAGAAGGGCGGGCUGAGGAGCUGCUUCGGUGUCCGGUUAGAGAGGAUCGGCUCCUUCAGCGGGUUGGGAUGCUGAAGGUGAGGAUGACUGAGUUUUCUCAUCUACACAUCAGUGUGACAUGAUCGUCCACAAAGCUUUGACUGACACUUUAAAGGGUGGUUACUUAAGUCUCCCCUAUCUAUGGUUCUCAUGAAGAACUGUGAUUUCCUUUUUCAUAUAUGAGCUGUUAUCAUAAUAGAUUAUUGUAAAUGUAUUAUUUAUUAUUUUCCUGUUGGAU